GCCGUCUCUAUAUAGGCAGUUCGAAGCAGGUGCCUGGAGCUGUCCUGUGGCCUCUCCAGCUCAGCAUGGUGAGGGUACCGGGAGCACCACUGGUACUGGGACUGGUGGGCCUGUGCUGGUCACUGGCCAUCGCCCACCCCCUUGCUCCGGCUGAAGGUGGGAAUGGGACCAAGGUGGACCCAGACGUGACCGAACGCUGCUCAGAUGGCUGGGCCAUUGACGCUGCCACCUUGGAUGACAAUGGGACCAUUCUGUAUUUUAAAGGGGAGUUCGUGUGGAAGGGUCACACAUGGAUCCGGGAGUUAAUCUCAGAGAGGUGGAAGGAUUUCACCGGUCCUGUGGAUGCUGCCUUCCGCCUGGGUCAUGACAAUGUCUUCCUGAUCAAGGGGGACAAAGUCUGGGUGUACUCUCCUGAGAAGAAGGAGAAAGGACAUCCAAAGUUGCUCCAAGAUGAAUUUCCUGGAAUCCCUUCCCCAGUGGAUGCUGCUGUGGAAUGUCACCGUGGAGAAUGCAAAGAUGACGGCAUCCUCUUCUUCCAAGGUAACCGCAAGUGGUUCUGGGACUUGGCUACGAGAACCGUAAAGGAGCGAUCCUGGCCCGCCAUUGGGAACUGCACCUCUGCCCUGCGAUGGCUUGGCCGCCACUACUGCUUCCAGCGUAACCACUUCCUGCGUUUCAACCCCAUCACAGGGGAGGUGCCCCCCAAGUACCCUCUAGAUGUCCGAGACUACUUCAUGCUCUGUCCUGGCAGAGGUCAUAGCCUUAGACACAGGAAUAGGACUGGCCAUGGAAAUGAUACACUCCACGGUUUUGAGAAUAUGCCUGUGCGCUGUAGCCCACAUCUAGUCUUGUCUGCACUGGUAUCUGACAAACAUGGUGCCACCUACGCCUUCAGUGGGUCCCAUCACUGGCGUCUGGACACCAGCCAGGAUGGGUGGCAUAGCUGGCCCAUUGCUCAUCAGUGGCCCCAAGGCCCUUCCACGGUGGAUGCUGCCUUUUCCUGGGAGGACAAACUCUAUCUGGUCCAGGGUGCCCACGUGUAUGUCUUCUUGACAAAGGGAGGUUAUACCCUAGUAAGUGGUUAUCCAAAGCGGCUGGAGAAGGAACUUGGGAGCCCUCAAGGGAUUAUCCUUGAGUCUGUAGAUGCAGCUUUUAUCUGUCCUGGGUCUUCUCGGCUCCACAUCAUGCAAGGACGGCGGCUGUGGUGGCUUGACCUGAGUUUAGGAGCUCAAGCCACAUGGACGGAGCUUCCUUGGCCCCAUGAGAAGGUUGAUGGAGCCCUGUGUAUUGAAAAGUCCCUCGGCCCCAGCUCAUGUUCCGCCAAUGGUCCCAGCUUGUACCUCAUCCAUGGCCCCAAUUUGUACUGCUACAGUGACGUGGACAAACUGAAUGCAGCCAAGACUCUUCCCCAGCCCCAGAAAGUGGCCAAUCUCCUGGGCUGCAAUCACUGAGGAGCCUCCUGAAGUGAGCCUGGCUCAGCCCCACCUUCCCAGUUUCCUUACAAUAAAGCCAGAGUGCUUCUUCAUUUGAA